UCCCCUUUCCUCGGUGCCCAGUCUCUGCUUGUUUCGGCUCCUCCGCGCUGCCGCUGGAGUUAGCUCGGAAACCAGAGGUCGGUCUGUCUGUUAUCAGUCGUGAGAGUCGCGACUGGGGUUCUUUUAAACUUUUUUCCCCUCAUCACCGUUAUUCCUGAACGAGUGGGAGAGAGUUUGACCCUCGUUUUGGAUGCAUGGGAGCUUCCUGGGAGCGGCGAAAGGAGAAGACUGUGCUGCCGGUCCUGACUGCUUAGCACGAUGAGUGAGGCGGAGGGCCAGUUCUACAGUGUCCAGGUGGGGGACUCCACCUUUACUGUGCUCAAGCGCUACCAGCAGCUUCGUGCCAUUGGCUCCGGGGCCCAGGGCAUUGUCUGCUCUGCUCUGGAUACAGACCUUGGUAUACCAGUGGCUGUGAAGAAGCUCUGUCGUCCCUUUCAAAACCAGACACAUGCAAAGCGGGCCUACAGGGAACUGGUGCUGCUAAAAUGUGUCAACCACAAAAACAUCAUCCGUCUGAUCAAUGUUUUCACGCCUCAGAAGUCUCUGGAGGAGUUCCAGGAUCUUUAUCUGGUGAUGGAGCUCAUGGAUGCCAGCUUAUGUCAGGUGAUUCACAUGGACCUAGACCAUGAGAGGAUGUCCUACCUGCUCUAUCAGAUCCUUUGUGGCAUCAGGCACCUGCACUCGGCUGGGAUCAUCCACAGGGAUCUGAAGCCCAGCAACAUUGUUGUGAAGUCUGAUUGCACUCUGAAAAUCCUUGACUUUGGUCUUGCAAGGACGGCCUGCACAAACUUCAUGAUGACCCCUUAUGUAGUAACCCGAUACUACCGCGCCCCAGAGGUCAUUCUGGGCAUGAAGUAUAAGGAGAAUGUGGACCUGUGGUCAGUUGGCUGCAUAAUGGCUGAAAUGAUCUGUCAUAAAGUCCUCUUUCCUGGAAAGGACUACAUCGACCAGUGGAAUAAAGUGAUUGAGAUUCUGGGUACACCCAGUCUUGAGUUUAUGAACCGACUGAUGGAGACCGUAAGGAACUAUGUGAUGAACAAGCCGCAGUAUCCAGGCGUCAGCUUCACAGAGCUAUUCCCGGACUGGGCUUUUCCUUCUGAAUCUGAACAAGACAAAGUGAAAACUGUUCAAGCACGGGACCUGCUCUCCAAAAUGCUGGUCAUUGAUCCCGAAAGCCGUAUCUCUGUGGAGGAAGCCCUUCAUCACCCCUACAUCCACGUGUGGUACGACCCUGCAGAGGCAGACGCGCCUCCUCCCCAGAUUUCAGAUAAGCAGCUGGAAGAGAGAGAGCACAGCAUCGAGCAGUGGAAAGAACUUAUUUAUGAUGAAGUGAUGGACUGGGAGGAGAGGAACAAGAACGGUCUAAUGAAAGAAGACUGCUCAGAUGUGGCGUCGGGCUCUGCUUCCCAGUCCUCCUCCGCCAACGACAUCUCAUCCAUGUCCACGGAGCACACGCUGGCGUCGGACACGGACAGCAGCAGCAUCGACACGCUGACGGGGCCGCUCGACGAGAGUCAGUGAGCGCAUCUGCGGCCCCACCUGUCGGCUCCCUACAGUCCUCAGACUCAUCUGAAACAUUCAAAUAGUCCAUCUGCUUCUGUUUAAGUUUUAACUUGUGCUUCUCUCCUUUUCUCUCAAUGAAAAGAUUGUUUUUGUUUCCUAUCUGUGACCUGGCAGAUCUUGUUUAGGACUGUUGCCUGGAGGUCAGAGUUAUGCUCACCGUUGUGUAAAAAAAAAAAAAAGACAGACAGACAUUUGGUCUUCUUUUUCUUGGUGAAUGUUUAACUUGAUCAUCUAUACAGUUUCGAGAGGUUAUCAUCAUCUAAUGAGAGCCGACACGGACCAAAUAGCCGUGAGCUGCUCUCUUGCAUGUUACGCCAAAAAGAACAAAAGCUUAUCUAGCAUCUGACGUUCCUCUGAUGGUCAAAUGCUGGUCUUAUAAAUCUGAACCCCUAGCAUGCUGAAAGUAGUGCCACGGUGGUGCUAUCUGCGCUGAGAUGUGUUUUUGUUUUUUACAUGAACGGGCACGUGUGAUGUGGAUUUCGAACUUCUUUCUCCUAACAGCAAGAAGCUGCUGUAGUUUUAGUGUUACAGCUUUGUUUCUUGAUAUGUUGUACUGUAUGUAUAGACAGAAUCACCCCAUUCAAUUUAAGGUACUUAUGGUUAAUGUGUAUAAGCAGAUCAUAACCCUAUAAAUCUGAAAGAGGCAUAUUGAUACGUGUAUUUAUAUCUAUUUUUUUGUUUUGUUCUUGCAACAUUUUGCACACAAGCCACAUUAUAGCCCGUGAAACGUAGGCCUCUUGUUAAAAUUAGUUAAAAGGCAAAUAAAAACAUGGGGUGCUCUUUUUCUAAAGCAUUCCUUUAGCACUUGGAGACUCGUAAAAUUUGUCAUAAAAUCAGAAAACACGUAGAAUCCACCUAAAGGCAGCACAAAACGAAGAAUGAUGUUUACUUUGCAUGAAGGUAUCACACCUUCAGGAGAGAGAAAUGCUUCCGGAUCUGGUUUUUCAUUUGUGGUAUUGUAUUGUUGUUGUUUUUUUUUUUUUUUUUUGUCUUUUACGCCUGCAUGUGUGAUAAAGAAAUUGUGCUGCACAUCACUGUUCUUUGCUGUGUAUCAUCCUUUAAGUUAGCAGUUGCCCCAUUUUGUAGUAGAUGAGUCUGUGGGUGAAGUUUGCCUGGCAACAAUGGACUGUUUUAAGAGACUGGUGGAGACCUGCAACUUAAAGAAGAGCCUUUUACAUGAACUGCAGAGCUGCUUUUGCCAAAAAUGAUUGCACCGUGUGUUAAAUUAUCAGAAUUAUGACACUACUACGUCACAGAGGACUUUCGCACCACAAUGUACACCACCAUGAUUUUUAUUCUUUCUGUCAUGCCUUAAGCAACCUGACGAGUGGGCAACUCAUUCUCUAACUCCUUAGCUCUUCUUGGAACUUCCUGAGAUGAAUGACAACAAUAAAACUUGGCCAACAUCUUUACCCAAACUCAAAACCAAUAAAGUGGACAUCAGUGAUUUUCUUUAUGGCUGUGAUGUUCUUCAUAAGUAUAUCUUAGCAAAUAAAAAUAUCCAAACAUUAA